UGCCGGUAAAUGCACAUGGAUUUGGGAGUUAAUUACCGGCUUAAUUUGGAAUCACACACUUGUCUUUAAUCACUUAGGUGUAAUAGAGCUGCGUACAGCUUGAAAUGCUUGUUUGCAUUAUCUGGCGCACAUCCACAAGAAGCACCAGCAUUGCUAAUGGAUGGUGGUGUCGAUGAACUCCGUUGUUGGGAUUCCAAGGUUUUCAGUGCUCCGCCACGGUUCUCAACUGUCCGUGUCAAUACAUUGAAAUAUGAUAUUGAUGAUGUGAAACUGGAUUUGGAAAGCUACUUGAAUGAGCACUACCCAGGCUGCAGUGUAAGCCAGCACCCGGUGCUGGCUGAGCUGCUGGUGGUGCAGUCGGCCAGCAGUCGCCCGCUCCGGCCCGCCGAGCGUCGCCUGGUGGUGGACACCCUUUGCGGCGCGGCCGUGCUGCGCGGUGCUGACGUGUACGCGCCUGGCGUCCUGGGUUGUUCGGCCGACGUGCGUGAGGGGGAGCCGGUCUCGGUGCAUGCGGACCUGGAGGGCUGCUGCCUGCGCGGCCGCACCCAGCCGUACGAGGGGCAUCAGCUGUUCGUCGGCAACGGCGUCAUGGAACAGUCGCGACACGCCAUCUUCACGACGGAAAAGCCGUGCGGGGUGGCGGUGCGUAUGACGGAGCCGGUGUUCGGCAGCCCGAGCCUGGGCCCGUUCUGCGGCCGGCGCGCGUUCCUGCAGAACCUGCCGUCGGUGCUGACCUCCCGCGUGCUGGACCCUCGGCCCGGCGAGCUGGUGCUCGAUAUGUGCGCCGCCCCGGGCGGCAAGACGACCCAUCUGGCCCAGCUGAUGGAGGACCAGGGCGUGCUGUACGCCGUGGACAAGACGGCGGCGAAGGUGGGCCGCAUCGGCGCGCUGGCUGAGCAGCAGCAUCUCACCUGCGUCCGGCCGCUGCGCGCCGACUCGACGCGCCUCGUGGCGGACGACUCUGCCUGUCGGCUGCGCCAGCGCCACCUGACGGGCGCCGAGUGUUCGGUGCACGGCCGCGCCACGUGCGCGCCGCCGUUCGCCGCCGGCACGUUCGACCGCGUGCUGCUGGACGCGCCGUGCAGCGGGCUGGGCCAGCGGCCGCGGCUGGCGGCGGCGCCGGCGGCCGGUGCGUGCGCCUCCUACCCGCCGCUGCAGCGGCGCCUGCUGCGCGCCGCCGCUGCGCUGCUGCGGCCCGGCGGCACGCUCGUCUACAGCACUUGCACGCUGCCGGCGGCCGAGAAC